AUGGAGGCUCCUUUUCUCAACGGAAUUCCUUACCUAUCUUGGGAAGAAGAAUCUUUAGCACGAGCUGCUGCUGUGGACAAGAAUGAACUUCCAGACAUUGGUAUAAGCAUUGACGAUACGGAGAGUCUGCAACUUCUGAGACGGGCGCGGUAUGAGAUAGACCUCUGGGAUUGGCAGGCGCAGGGGGACGGAGCUUUCCUGAACAUUGGCCCAAUUGGGUAUGGAGACCCCAAGCGAAAUGAAAGAGGGUUCAAUGGCUAUCAGAAACGUCUUGUGCACCAACUUGUAAGAGCUGAGUAUCCCCAUUUGGUUUCAAUCUCCAGACCCGACUUCAUCCAGCUCCUACCAUACGAUAAGAUACGUGAAGAUGCACAGCUAGCAAGGAAACGCCAAGGAGUCGAGAGGACUAUUGCAGAACAGUCUGGCCUUCGCUUAGUUGUUGAGUCUUUGUGCUCCAAUUUCAAAACAGGGGUAUUAGAUGAGCCCACAUUACCGACCGAUGUCAAAGAUGAGCGUUCCGGACAAGGCGUACAAUCACCACAAGAGCACGUCGCUACUACUGCAAUUACUUCCACACCUUCACAGCAGAAGAAACCUAUGUUAGUUGGUCAUAAUCUUUUCUUAGAUCUUAUAUUUAUCUACGAGUGUUUCUUUGGUACUCUACCAGAUCGUGUAGAGCAGUUCCAAGCGAAUCUGGCCAGCAUUUUUUCCAUGAUUGUAGACACCAAAUACCUCGCUGAUAUCAUCAACGAGAACUCUCCACGAUACAAGUCGUCUUUAGAGGAGAUCGACGAGGAGCUGUCCAAAAUUGCAUCUCCAGUCAUAGAAAUACCGGAAGAUUUCAGUAAAUAUGCUGGAAGUCCAAGAUUACAUGAAGCUGGUUUCGAUAGUUUUUUGACUGCAAGGGUUUUCAUCCGACUCUCAUCUAAGAUAGGUGGGCAGGAACGGCAAGUCCAUUCCGCAGAGACCGAUACUGACACAAAUGGUACCAUUCCUAAGGAGGCUCAAUCUCUGGAAAAGACAGGCGAUUUCGGGAUUGAUAGCUCUCUGAAAUCGGAGCACCUUUCUUUCUCAAAUGACCCUGAUAUGAUACAAUUCUACAACCACUUCAGAAACCUUAAGGUAGAAGAGCCGGCUAGCGAGAGAAAUCUAGUUAUGCCGUUGCCGAAUAGCGAGUUUUGGGCGACAUUUGGAAAUCGAUUACGCGUGAAUGGCACGCUCGAAGAUGUGUGCCGUAUUGGUCGCCCCUUUGACAGACCAAUGUCGACUUCUUACCCGAGCACUGGGCAAAUUCCAGGUGGAUGGGUCCCAUGA